CAAGCAAUUCAAAUCUCACACACCAUUUAUAAAUAACAAAUUCUAUGCUCAUUCUCUUAAACCCUUUUCUUCAUUGUGUUUUGGCUUACUUUUCUUCCUCUCCCAUCACACACACAUCAAAAAGACAACAAAAGCAUAAUCUCAUCCUCUUCAUUUUGCUUCUAAAUGGGUGGUACCUCACCUUGUGCUUCUUGCAAGCUACUCAGACGUCGUUGCUCCAAGGAAUGCAUCUUUGCUCCUUAUUUUCCUUCUGAUGACCCUCGCAAGUUUGCCAUUGUGCAUAAGGUCUUUGGUGCUAGCAAUGUCAGCAAAAUGCUGCAGGAACUUGGUGUUGAUCAAAGAGCAGAUGCUGUGAGCAGUUUAGUUUAUGAGGCAAACGCAAGAGUGAGAGAUCCAGUGUAUGGAUGUGUAGGAGCGAUAUCAUACCUACAAAACCAGGUUUCACAGUUGCAAAUGCAACUUGCAGUGGCUCAAGCAGAGAUUCUAUGCAUUCAGAUGCAGCAACAAGAAGCUACCAUAACCACACAAGUAGACGACCAAGAUCACAAAUCACUGCUCCUGUCUGUAAACAAUAACUAUGAAACUCUUCCUCACUAUCUUAACUUUCCUUCUUCUUCUUCCUCCUCUUCAAAUGUCUUCCACCAUGAGCCUCUCAAGAGAGAGUCUUUUUGGACUUGAAUUUACCAAUGUGAAAUGGAUUUCAACUGUUA